UUUGAGAAGCAACCACAGUUUGACAUACACGCAAAAAUACAUCCGACCUCCAAAGGAACAAAAUCGGCAAAAGGACUAAAAAUUGUGUUGUAAUAUUAAGAAGGUUCUUUUGAAGAAGAAAAGUGAGAAGGAAUUUGUUGAGGUGUUGAAUUGCCUGAAGAAGAUUUUGUGGUUGAAUCUGGGUGAUUCCUUUUUCGUCAGUCGUACCACCCCCACAAGCCACCUGUUGAAGGUAUAAAAGAAAGCCAGCAUCGUGAAAGUCUUUCACUUACUCGCUAGACUCACGUUGGUGCAAAUCAAUGCUUUUUCGCUCUGCAAAGUGAAGAAUUUUCCACAGAAAAAAAAGACCUCGUAAAAUAAUUUAAUAACUUUAGUGAAUCUCAGUAUCUCAGUUUGUGAAGAAAGUGAAGGUAAAUCAUAUAAAUCUUAGUGAUCUCUAGAGAAGUUUGGUGAUUCUGUGAGACUUACGACUGCGGAGGAACAUAUUGCAGCAUAUGAAAAUGAGACAUUCUGUUCAGUCUUUGGUUUUGUUUGGGAUCUUCUUCGUUAGUGUAUCAGCCCUAACUCCACGGGAACAACACAAUCUUAUAACUCUCUUUCGGAGAUUAGAGCAGCAUCCGGAAUUCUACGAAGUUGAUCCCUACAACUACGAUGACAAUUACAGUGAAAUGAGAGAUCUCGAACCUAAUGAUCAUUUUAUGGCAAAUUGGCCUUGGCUAAGGGAACUGCUUCCCAAUUCCAAUGAAGUUGAUUUUGCUCGAGGAACAGGCCUCAAGAAGCAUGACAUCACAGCAAAGUCCAUCCUGGAAAAUCCAGAGGUUUCUGAAAGGAAUCCCUCAGACACUCUGCCUACACCAUUGCCCUACGUCACAAACUAUGGUACACGAGGAAAUUUGCAAAAGAAGGAUGCUCAUUCCAGCAAUUACAUGUCACUCUGUCACUUCAAGAUAUGCAAUAUGGGCCGAAAGAGAAAUACUCGCAACUUUCACUACUAAGCCCAUAGCUACAUCACCACCCACAAUCAGUGUUGCAAAUCCACUAAGCAUGAUAUAUACGUUAUUCGCAGUCCAAUAUCUCUUAUCUAUGGUCUAUGUGGAUGUAGCGAUGUGUAAUAAAACUGAGGGAAUGCUGCUGAAUAUGAAUAGUAUUGUAUGACAUAGAAACUCAUGCCAAAAAUUGAAUUAUAAUCCUCACUUAUUCUUCAUAUUGAUGAUACUUACUGACUGUAUUAUAGACGUAGUUUGAUGUGAAUCUAAGCAAAUGGCUCAAUCAACAAUGUUGUUUUAUUAAUGUAUAAAAACAAAAGAGAUAAACAAAUAAUAUAUUAAAUACAACGUUUAAUUGAAAA